AUGGCUUCCGGGGAGCAGAGGAGACAGGAGGAGCGGCGCAGGCGCAGGGCUCAGCAGCAGGAGCUGCAGGUGGCAGAGAGCCUGGGCAAGCACCCACUGCACAACAGGUGGGCCCUGUGGUUCUUCAAGAAUGACAAGAGCAAGAUGUGGCAGGCCAACCUACGCCUGGUCACCAAGUUCAGCACGGUGGAGGACUUCUGGGCGCUGUACACCCACAUCCAGCUGGCCAGCAAGCUGACAUCGGGCUGUGACUAUUCCCUCUUCAAGGACGGCAUCGAGCCCAUGUGGGAGGACAGCCAGAACAAGCGCGGUGGGCGCUGGCUCAUCACCCUCGCCAAGCAGCAGAGGCAUACAGAGUUGGACCGCUUCUGGCUGGAGACGCUCCUGUGCCUCAUCGGGGAGAUGUUCGAUGAGUACAGCGAUGAGGUGUGCGGGGCUGUCAUCAACAUCCGUGCCAAGGGGGACAAGAUCGCCAUCUGGACCCGGGAGGCGGAGAACCGGGAGGGGGUCACCCACAUCGGGCGCGUCUAUAAGGAGCACCUGGGGCUGUCGCAGAAGGUGGCCAUCGGGUACCAGGCGCACGCGGACACGGCCACCAAGAGCGGCUCCCUCACCAAGAACAAAUUUAUUGUGUGAGCACGGGGGGAGCGGGACCCCGCUGCCCGACCCCGCAAUGAAUGGCUGCAGCUC